UGUGAAUGGUAUUCGCCAGUCUUUUAUAGCUCAAUGGAUGUAACAGCUAUGUUGUUCUUGCACAGUGUCAAAGGGGCCUAACCGUAAAUGCAGUAUUACAUGUAAUCCACGUUGAUUGAUCUGCUCCCCCCCUUAAUUUCGCGAAGUUUUAAGAUUAACACGACCAAGGAAAGAUCGCGCGGGGAUAAUAUCAGUGUGACAUCACACAGUCUUUGCUAGCUCCUCUCCGCAUAGCUCCGAUUUGUGUUUGGGGGGAUGGGGCCGUGUCGAGGAUGAGAAAGCUCUCGUGGUGUUGUGCAUGUACUGCUUCUCCACAACCAUCCACUUUCUAACCGAGUCAUCCAAACAGUUUUAUUAAAUAUAGUGCCAGUUUACGUAUGUAUUUUAGCGACGUUUGACCGGAGAAAAGUGGAGUACCCGUGCGACCACGGUGCACGCUGAAAACUACAAAAUGUAUUCCAGUGGUGUAACUGGAGCUGCUGAGAUGCUUGAAGCACCUCACUCGUCUGGGUCAAUUGGCUCUGACCCCUCUGAUCCAGAUCCGCCGUCACCCCCAGUGCCGGAGUAUGUGUUCAAACCCCCUUCACGGCCAGACUUCGGCACAAUGGGCAGGACAAUCAAACUGCAGGCCAACUUCUUUGAGAUGGAGAUCCCCAAACUGGAGGUCUACCACUACGAUAUUGACAUAAAGCCAGAGAAAUGCCCCCGGAGAGUCAAUCGUGAAAUUGUGGAACACAUGGUCCAGCACUUUAAAACACAGAUCUUUGGGGAUCGAAAGCCAGUUUAUGACGGGAGGAAGAACCUCUACACAGCUAUGCCCUUGCCCAUAGGGAGGGAAAAGGUGGAGUUGGAGGUGACCAUCCCAGGUGAGGGGAAGGACCGGAGCUUCAAAGUGGCCAUAAAGUGGGUGUCCUGUGUUAGCCUGCAGGCUCUCCAUGAAGCGUUGUCAGGACGACUGCCAAAUAUCCCCUUUGAGACCAUCCAGGCCCUGGACGUGGUCAUGAGACAUUUGCCCUCUAUGAGGUACACGCCCGUUGGCCGUUCUUUCUUCACCCCCUCAGAGGGCUGUUCCAACCCACUGGGUGGGGGCAGGGAGGUCUGGUUUGGAUUCCACCAGUCGGUCAGACCUUCUUUGUGGAAGAUGAUGCUAAAUAUUGACGUGUCGGCCACGGCCUUCUACAAGGCUCAGCCUGUGAUUGAAUUCAUGUGUGAGGUUUUGGAUUUCAAAAGCAUUGAGGAACAACAGAAACCAUUAACCGACUCUCAGAGAGUAAAGUUUACCAAGGAAAUCAAAGGUAAUCAUUCAUUACCAGGUCUGAAGGUUGAGAUCACACACUGUGGUCAGAUGAAAAGGAAAUACAGGGUGUGUAACGUGACCAGAAGACCAGCCAGCCACCAGACGUUUCCACUGCAGCAAGAGAACGGCCAGACGAUUGAAUGCACGGUAGCGCAGUACUUUAAGGACAAGUACAAACUCAUGCUGCGCUACCCCCAUCUCCCCUGCUUGCAGGUCGGACAGGAACAGAAACACACCUACCUGCCCCUCGAGGUGUGCAACAUCGUAGCGGGCCAGCGGUGCAUCAAGAAGCUGACCGACAAUCAGACGUCCACGAUGAUCCGUGCCACCGCCCGAUCGGCCCCCGACCGCCAGGACGAGAUCAGCAAACUGAUGAGAAGUGCCAACUUUAACAAUGACCCUUAUGUGCGCGAGUUUGGGGUGAUGGUGAGGGAUGAGAUGACUGAGGUGAACGGGCGAGUUCUCCAGGCCCCAUCUAUCCUCUAUGGAGGACGGCAGAACAAGGCAAUAGCCACUCCCAUCCAGGGAGUGUGGGACAUGAGGAACAAGCAGUUCCACACUGGCAUAGAGAUCAAGGUUUGGGCCAUCGCCUGCUUCGCUCCACAGAGGCAGUGCACUGAACUGCUGCUCAAGGCGUUCACGGACCAGCUCCGCAAGAUCUCCCGGGACGCCGGCAUGCCGAUCCAGGGCCAGCCGUGCUUCUGCAAGUACGCUCAGGGGGCGGACAGCGUGGAGCCCAUGUUCAAACACCUCAAGUACACCUACCAGGGCCUGCAGCUGGUGGUGGUCAUCCUCCCUGGGAAGACGCCCGUAUACGCUGAGGUGAAGCGUGUGGGCGACACAGUGCUCGGCAUGGCCACCCAGUGUGUCCAGGUGAAGAAUGUCCAGAAGACCACGCCGCAGACCCUCUCCAACCUCUGCCUGAAGAUCAACGUCAAGCUGGGUGGAGUCAACAACAUCCUCCUCCCCCAAGGAAGGCCCCUGGUGUUCCAGCAGCCGGUCAUCUUCUUGGGUGCGGAUGUCACUCACCCUCCUGCCGGCGACGGGAAGAAACCCUCCAUUGCUGCGGUGGUGGGCAGCAUGGACGCCCACCCCAGCCGAUACUGCGCCACGGUUCGGGUCCAACAGCACCGCCAGGACAUCAUCCAGGACCUGGCCACCAUGGUCCGAGAGCUGCUCAUCCAGUUCUACAAGUCCACCCGCUUCAAGCCCACCCGAAUCAUCUACUACCGCGACGGCAUAUCAGAGGGCCAGUUCAACCAGGUUAGACUUGAGGUGCUCCAGCAUGAGUUACUGGCGAUCCGCGAGGCCUGCAUCAAGCUGGAGAAAGACUACCAGCCCGGCAUCACCUUCGUGGUGGUGCAGAAGAGACACCACACCCGGCUGUUCUGCAUGGACCGAAACGAGAGGGUUGGUAAGAGUGGCAACAUCCCAGCAGGCACCACGGUAGACACCAAAAUCACUCACCCGUCGGAGUUUGACUUCUACCUGUGUAGCCACGCUGGCAUUCAGGGGACCAGCCGUCCGUCCCAUUACCACGUGCUGUGGGACGACAACCAUUUCACCUCGGACGAGUUGCAGGUGCUCACCUACCAACUCUGUCACACCUAUGUGCGCUGCACCCGCUCCGUCUCCAUCCCAGCACCCGCCUACUACGCCCACCUGGUGGCGUUCCGCGCCCGCUACCACCUGGUGGACAAGGAGCACGACAGUGCGGAGGGCAGUCACACAUCCGGACAGAGCAACGGGCGGGACCAGCAGGCCCUGGCCAAGGCAGUCCAGAUCCACCAGGACACUCUGCGCACCAUGUACUUUGCCUGAGGCGCCAGGCCGGCACGGGUGAGACCGACCCAUGCAGAGACGAAGCCACCCCCCACCCCCCCUACUCUGUCAGGUGUGGCCUCUGUGUUGUCUCCCCUCUGGCGAGUGGCACCCCAGAACCAAAAUGGGAGGGUUUCUAUUCCAAAACACAGUCCAGAAUUGUAUUGUAGUCCGCACAUGCAAAAACGCUUUAUUAGCACCUCCCAGGCCCAACCUUUAAUUAUUAGGCAGUGCUCCAUGAAAGGAUCCCUCAGAAAUGGGUCGUGGCAAGGAGGACUCGACUAACAUGUUGUACAUUUGUUUGUAUUUGUAAAUCUGGAGGGGGAAUAACCUGUUUACAGAGCAAAGGAGAUAAGAAAAUCGGUAUUACUUUUUUUUUUUUUUUUAACACUGACAGUCUAUUUAAAUACCCCUAGGGGGCAGUGUCAUCACACCUCGGGGUUGUUUAGAAUAUAUACAUUUAAGUUCACACAACAGUUUUCUGUUUUGUUUAUUUUUCUUCUUCUUUGUUCUAAGUGGCCCGCAAUGUUUGAAGGGAGCUAGGGGUGUCAAAGACGAGAACGGCCCACCGGAAGGUUAUAAUCCUCCUUACUCUCGACAACGUUUUAUUAUUUAUCAGCCAAUCAAAGCAAAGUGCACUGACCAGAUAUAUAUAUACUCUAAUCAGGACAAAAGUACUUAACACAUUGUCUCUUCGUUUGUUUGUACAACUAUGAAUUUCGUGGGCGCGUGUACAGAACCAGCCUUGGAGUAUUUGUCCUUGAUCAACAAUGGUGACCAACACAUGAUAUUAUGCUUUAGCGCAGAGCAGGGGAUACUUUAGCGUGAGGUUUUUAAAUUCGACUUCGAAACUGUCAACUCUCAUUUUCGAUCGACGCUUCUACAAAUGCGUUGAUGCGAAAUCAAAAUCAAGGACAAUUGCUGCCGUCUUGCCUGACCCCCGGGCUGCGAGGCCUGGGAAUUGACUUACACAUAGAAUGGGACUGGCUCCCAAACGAAACCGUUUAUGUUCUCCGAAACACGGCGCAUGUUAACAAAUCUACGUAACAGGAGUUCAAGUCUCUCUGCCUUUGGUUGGUUUCUUCAGUGUCCUCCUUAUUUUCCCGUUAAUGUAAAUGUUUCACACAUUUUGCAUGCAGAUGACUCACGUUCUAUUCAGGCAACUUCCACACGUUAACCGUUUUUGUAGCUGUCAGAUUUUUACGAUGUAGUCUGCUGUGUGUUCCUCCCCCACUCGGGGCCAGUAUUGAUGCUGAAAUCGCUUAGGACAGGCCUCGUUUUAUGAAUCGGUACAUUAGUUAAGCCUGUGGCGUAAAUGUCACAUGCUACAGAUACGGAGGAAUUCUGUUGGCGUAAAAAAGGAUUCCAGAUGCUGGUCGGUGUGUUCUUUGUUUUUGCCACACAAAAGGGGCAAGUGUUUCGUAGUCAAGCAAAGGUUUGUCUUUUUAUGCAAGUGGUUUUUAAUUGUGGGUCUUUGUAGCAGAGCCUUGUGAGAUAGAUAUAUAUAUUUUGAAUACGCUUCUAGAAGAGAUUAUUAAAACGAUUAUAGAAAAAAGUUUUUUACAAUUGGCCAAUAUUUGAAUGAAAUUAAUGUUGUCAUUAUUUGUAUAUUCAGAACUUACAUGCAAAAUGUUAAUGCCUUCCAAAAUUGUCCUUGAAAUUCUACUAAUCAUGUUAAUUUUUUUUCCUUUUUUAUUUUUUAAAGAUUCCAUUUUCUCUUUUCUGUAAAUUUUAGAAGGGGAUUCUCCAUAUAGCCUAGAUUGGAUGGCUUUCAUGUCUGUUCUUUCUAACUAUGCAUUGUUUUUAACCAAGAUAUUUUAGUUAUGAUGUUUGUCAAGUAUGAAUUUAGGUCAUUUGUAGAGUAGAAAUCUUUUUGAGCUUAUUUUUUGCUUGUUGCGUUUUAAUAGCGUUUAGUGCUUCUUCCCUUUACCUUUGUAAUGGUAUACAGGAUUUGAAGGUCCUCAUUUCUAGUACUGCAUAUUUUAUAGCACAAACAAUUAUGUAUAUCCUUUGUAAAACACACAAUCACUCUUCAUAGCUAAACAAGAUUACUCAUUUUGUAAAUAACUGUCAAACAGAAAUUGAAGCACAAGAGGACUUGGUAACUACUGGUGCUAUGCGUCAUUUUCCCCUUUCACUGUAACAUCAUCCUCAUAAGACUGGUCCAAGAGCCACUCUCCAUCGGUAAUAUAUACCGAUGCCUUUUCUCUCCCUCAACAGCAUCCUUUACUCCCAUUUCUUAUUAGCUGUAAUUUGAUAUGAAAUCCGGCUGACUGUGUUUGUGGGGGCAUUCUAAGAAAUCAAGUACUUGAUAUUUACUGUUAUAUCUAUUAUUGUUAAUUGGUGCUGGUCUCGGGACUCGUCAGUUUGGAUGCACUUUGUGAUAGUAGUGAACAUGGUAUGAAAUCAUGUAGAUUAUUCGAUCCCAGUAAGAUCAGACAGACAUUUUGAUUCCUUGUGCAGUUGUGUUGAAAUGACCGUGUGUUCUACCUCUUGUUACCUGUUCACCUGUGAUGGUAACAUCACGCCACUGGUCAUUUCUUCAUAAUUACAUGCGAUAUUAUAUCCGAUGGUCAUUGGAUGAUGAAAUUUAUGUUUUCAUGUGAUUCAACAUUUGUCAUAACUCUUGUUUGAUUGUCGGCAGCCCUGUUUUCUGUCAUUUUAGUUUCGCAGUUAUUGUUGCGUGUUAUUCUAAAGCUUGCUUAAAAUUUGUAAAAAAAAAAAAAAAAAAAAAUUUAUAUAUAUAUUCAUAUAUAUUAUACAAGUGGUUUGAAAGACAAGGGAUAAGAAUUGAGCUGUAAAACCAAAUUGUUGGACAAUUUUGUUUGUCAUACCAAGCUUUUGUCAGUUUUUCUUUUAUGUCCGUGGAACAGCAUUCUUUUUUUUAGCACCUUUUUGGAUUUGUAGUGACAAAACAACCAGUGCAAAACAGACUUGGUAGAAUAUCCUCACAGAAACAUGGUUCUUAAUGUUGCCUGACACUGCCAUGUAAGCAACAUACUGGUAAAGCAAAGGCCAAUGAAAUUUAUAGCAACUCCUGCACAAUUGGAAGGAUCUGCAUUUUAGCCUAGGAAUAUGUCCUCCUUCUCUUUCUUUUUUUUCAACGUUAGCUUCAUACUUUAUGCAACAUACUGAUUCCUUUCCAUAAAUAUGCUGUCAUUCUUGGAAAUGCACCCACUUGCUCUUAUGUUGCUUUGAAUUCAGUCUAGCGUUGAAGUUUCCUCAGUUUAAGUGUAUUAGUUUGUUUCGGUGGAAACCAUGAUCAGGCCCCAGCAUUUAACAGGCUCAUCCUUUCAGGGUGUUAAGCUUGUCUUCUGAAAUGUGAGUCUUCUCCAUUCAACCUGGAUAGCCUGAAACUCAGUCAUACUACCAUUUUUCACAUCCUUUCCCUUGAACAAAUGUUGAGUCUGGCUCAACCUUUGUUCAAUCGAAACUCGGUUCUUCAGAAAUGUGGUCUUUGCUUGUUGUUACUACUUACGUGUUUUAAGUUACAUAUUUAUACCCUGCACCUUAGAAUAUACCAGACCUGUACAGCAUUGCUUUUUUUUUUGGAAAAAUAUCAAACAUUUGAUUACAAUGUUCUUUUUGCACUAAAAUAAAACAAAAACAAAUAUUUGGCGCUGUUGUGGGUCUAGUCAGUAGUUUGUCUUCUUGGUUAGGUGCUCGAUCAGAAUCUUGUUUUGAAAGGAGAGACUGGAUUAGAUCUAGUGAAUAUGAUUUAUUGCCAUGUUCACAUGAAGUUUCCCUGCGAUCACAUACUCAUUGCACUGACCAUCAGUCUCUCUCUCACCCACAUUACACUGUAAGGUUCAGACCGAGGCCUGUUUCUUUGGAUUCUCUCAGCCAACCAGCAUACAUCCGAUAAUCAACUGAAAAUGAAUGCCUUUUAAUGUUUGUCAGAUGAAUAACUGCCAGUGGGUGGUGAUUGAGUCUCCUCCCAGUAGAGGGUGCUGUUCUCGGACUCUGUUCUGAUGCCGUUUUGAGCCAGCAAGUGAGGCAGCAGCAUAAAUGCAAAUCGAGUGAGUGGCUGUACUUCUGAUUUAGUAAAUUUUCAAAUGUGUUGUCAUACUGGUCACACACAGACUUAUGCCAUUCAUCAAGAAAUCUGGUGCAUCAACAAAUGUGGCAGUUAGAAUUAGUAGCAUAUCAGCAUGUAAGAAUUAUGCACUAACCUUUGUAAGCUUUAUUGUUUUUUGUUUGUCAGAGAACGUAGUGCUGUAGCCAUUUAGGUCUUUGUGAGCCAAAUCAGGAAGGGACACAUUGUGAGCUACAAUUUGCCACUGCAAACUCUUUAGCACAUGCUUGUGCCAAGAAGUCCAGUAGUUGGCUGACCCACAUGUUGGACUGAACCAUGGCAAGCCCAAUUCAAAUGAUGCAACAUUUGCAUUUCAAUCCCUCUCGCGCCAUCUUUAGUCAUUAAUAUUUACAUGGCUAGCAUAAAUCACAGCCCGCAAUAAAGACGGUUUACGUUUGCCUAGCGGUUUGAGGAAAAGACCGAAAUGAAUACAGUGUGCUCAUUUAAAAGCAUUUUAGUCCAAGACCUUUUUAUUGUCAGUAGGUAAUUUGAACUCUCCUUUAAACAUAGGCUUGCAGAAAAAGGCUGGGACAAAAAGCCCUAGUGGACUGUUUUUUUUGUUGUUUUUUUUAUUUCAUUUAUUAUUUUAUAAAAGUAUAAAUUCAUAUUGUAAAUUUUAUAAUUAACAAUAUGAAUAUUUCUUAUUUAAUAUGUGUCAGCCAGUUUAGCUUUUACUGUCAAAGUCUUGAUUAUUUAAGGAAAACAAAUUUCUAACAAUGCUUCUGACUAUUUUGGGUUUGGCACAUUGUCCCUUUUACAUCCUAUUUAUCUACUGUGGGGGAGGGUUUCUGUCAUGGGAAUUUGUUUGCGUGACACUUUCAAAGGUUGUUUAUGAUCUUCCCUCAGCAAGCUUUACCCAUGGAGUCAUUUUUGCUGAAGUGAUUGUAUAGUUUUGAUUUCAGAAGAGCAUUGUCCAGAUGAGUAGCAAAGGAUGCACGUUCUCAUUCAAACACAGCAGAUUUCUGUUCAUCAGAGGAAAGUGAAGGCAAACAACGUAAAUGACAAGACACAUCUCUUUGCACUGCUCUAUACAGAUGACAAAUGAAACCCAGAAAAUAUGAAAUCAUAAAAUAUGUAUAGUCUCUCCCCUGUCUUUUCCCACCUUCUGUUGAAAUGACAUCCUUGUUUAGUUGGUACAAUAGAUCUUAUUUUCUUAAAGCUAAAAAUGAAUGUACCUAAAGCCAGUUAAUUUGUUAUUCUUUGUCUGCCAUGGAUUGAAGUAUUAACCCAGUUGUUGGGUUUUUUUUCUUCCGCAUUUUAUUAAAAAGUAAAAUAAAAAAAUGGACUACAGCUAUAUUUUGGAAAGAUAUUUGCAAAGAAGAACUCGGUUAUAAAAAUUAAAAAAAAGGUAUAAACACAUGAACGUCCUUUUUCAAAAAUAAAAACAUGAACAUUCAUCCCUUUCAGUCAGUGCAAUUUAAAACUCUGCAGUAGUAGAGAUAUUUUUGGACAUGCCUUUUUUCAAUAUUGCACACCUAGAUCUUGGCAGUUUUUGGUCAGUAAUACUUUAAGUUGUUCAGGCUCACAGUGUUUGAGAUCAUGUCUAGACUGCAGUUUCUCAUGUCUUGUCACACAGCUUUCAAGCAUAUCUGUCAAAACUGUAACUUCCACUCAAAACGUCAUUCUUGGUAAGCCUGUCGGAUUUGGCCUGUGUUCCGUUUCUUUUAUCUGGAAAACCCGUCUGGUCUUUGCCAAUGUCAAGCAUCUCUGUAAUGUAGUGAAGCCAUCAACCUUCAAAGUAAGGAGGCAGUUACUUAGUGUUGUUUGAUUUUUCAGAAACCGAUGGCUUAGCAUUUAGGACAAACAUUUGAUUCCUUUGCUUUAUCCAUAUUUUCCUUUUAUUAUUUUUUUGCAGUAGUACCUCAGUGGCUUGUUGCCCCCAAGAAUAAACAGAAUAUUGUAUUUGCAUAUAUUUCCUCCAUCACUGUUUGGAUGAUUGUCAAGUCACUACAUUGUUCGGCUUUCCUCAGUUUUCUCCCGUCGCAGUAAAUCAACUUGUAGCGGUUUUAAAAUGAACAAUGGCAGAUCUUUGACCACUUCCCUCCCGGUCCUGUUCAGAUCUGAAGGACAACUCUCUGUAUCUAUGUGUAGCUUAACACAUCAUCCACAUUUGCUGUGUGACUGUUGCCAAUCACUUCCCUUGUUUGAGGCUUUAGAGAAGCUUCUCUGUCUUUCUGGUUUAGUGUAUGCCUGAAAUGACCUACCUAAGAGAGGGAUCCUGUAUGGUGGACAGGAGAGGGUUGUCAUAAGGCCGACCUCUUUCACAGAAUGUAAAUGUUGUGUGAUUUGUUAAGCCACAUUUUUGGCUUGCCUUAACGAAAGAAGUGACUGUGUAUGCAAUCACGUGUGUGUGUAUAUAUGUUCUCUUGACAGUGGUUUAUUUUGUUUCAAAUCGCAACAAUCACAAAUUUAUUUCAAUCCCACUUUGUAACACAAGAAAUUAGAGAGAAAUCCAAGGUGGUGAAUAUUUGUAUUAACUAUCAAUUUCGAAUUGUAGACUUGUAAAAAAUGUAUGCAUUUUCAUUUACAUCCUUGAACUGUUUUGACUCGUAAAAGUGGGCUGAGGUUUUGUUUUAAGUUAACAGCACAUUUUGAAUUCAAUGGACACAUGAGUUUGAAAUUGUCUAUCAUGCAUCUUAUCGCUGUUCAUCAGAGAGCACGUUCUUUCUCUAUUAAAUAUUAGUUUUAACUUUCUUAAACUUUCUCUUGACACCUUUGUUGGAAUCUCUGCCAAUGUUAAACAUACAACCUUUUAACAGGCACAACUGCACCAGGACAUUGUACAUAAUGUAUGUUGUCUUGACACCAUAUUCUAUGGAAGUCAUAGAUUCAGAAGUUCACUAGUAGGCUUUUUCUGUUUUCACUGAAGGUUGUCUUCUAUUUCUACAAAUGUGUUGCAAUAGCUGCAGAGUCCUGGAUCUGAGUAAGAUGUUGCAGUUGCUUUAGGAAGUCCUUAGUUGAGCUGAUAUCCACAUGCUAGGGCAGAAUUUUCGUCAUGCCAAGGUUACAACCUUUGACCCACAGUGAAGUUAUCCUGAGUGAUCCGUUUUAUAUUUAAAGAAAAUAAAUAAAAAAGAGUGGAGAAAUAAAGCUUCACCAAACGAAUGCCAUAAGAUUUAGAGGUAUUUUGUGCAUUUAACAUGCAAGACUGAUAUGGGUAUUUAUACCCUUUGAAAGCUUUGUGGGCUUCCGAUUGACUUUGGCUUUUUAUAUACCAACUUAGUAAACUACCUCAAAACACUCACGGGUGCUAGCUUUGUUUAUCCCUAAUUUACGACAAAGAUAAAUUGUAGUGACCAAACGGAACACGUUAAGAAAGUGUAUUAUGUUGUACUUUUACAUUUUCAAAGCAAAAUUAUUAAUUACGUGUGAAAUUGUGUUCCUCAAUGUAAUGUUCAAAGGACCAAAUUGUGUAAUAGUUCAAUGUCAUUCAUACAUGCUAGUCCUCCCGUUUUUAUAAAGUUGUGAUUUUAAAAAAAAUUAACAAAAAAAAACAUGGCCGCUUAGCUAGCAGAAACUGUGUAACUUGUCACCUGGCAAUAAGCUGUAGUCAUGAUUAAAUGAUAUUGACGUGCCAAUGCAAUGGCUUUUUAGAUGGAUGACGAUUAAUCACUAUCGAUAACCCUACAAUAUGCUUUUGGUAGUAUACAAAAUACAGUCUGGGCUGCAGAUUUUGUGGAAGGGGCUUGUCAAUGUUGUAUGCAGAGCAAUAAUUACUGUAGUCCAACCUAGGCUUGUGAUUUGCCUGAUUAGGUUGAUGAGGGGCCUAAAUCCCGAUGUGCUAAUAUCUUAAGAUAAAAGGCUUGUGGUCUGGAGUUUACUACAGGAGGAAGCGAAGACUGUGGCACAUUUCAUUCAGCAUUUGUGUUAGUAAGGCUGUCAUAUUAAUGGAAUGUACAUGUGACGUGGCAGGUGAAUUCAUCCAGUACCGCAAUAAAAGCAACAAGGUUUGUUUUGCCCCAAUUAAAAUCUGUUCUUGCAUCCAGAAAAACGAAGGAAAAAAAAAAACAUGCAAUUAGUUCUCCUUUCUUUUGAGCAUAGUUUUGGCAUGCUCCGUUAUAUAAAGGGAAUAUACAAUUGGACUACAUGUUCCUAAAUGUAUUGUUCAUUGUAACGUUUUUUUUAUGUAGUUUACCGGCUUAUUUCAAUCACUCAAUAUAAUUCGAUAGCAAAGUGGAAAGGUACCGAAAAACUUUCAAAUUAAUUUCAGAUGAUUCUGUCAUUGUCACCUGACCUAAAAAUAUCUGGUGUUUUUGUUUUCCUGUGCGUGUGCGCGCGCAAGCCUUUUGUAGAGAUCUUUUCACCUCCCCUAUUUGGUUUGCUUAUACCCCUAUUAGAUUUACAGCGCCACAAAUAAAUAAUUUCUACAUGAAAGCAUAUGCGAUCUUGGGUGAAGAUGCUGCAUAGAAUGAUCAGUAUUUGUGUUUUGCACUUUCAAAGCAGUUUAAAAAAAAUUGCCAGCAGCUUGAGGCUGUGCAGACAGAAAAAAAGACGAUGUAUUUUAUGCUAUCAAUAGGAAUAAUAUGACUUUGACUAGCUUUUCUAAAGGUAAAGAUAUAUCUAUAUAUUCAUGACGUACCUCAUAAGCCUAAUUAUAUGCUGCAUUGACUUUUCUCUUCUUUUUUUUUUUGGUGUACUUCAUGUUGUCCAAUACAGGUUAAAUAUCCCCUCUGGGAGGUUUGAUUGACACGAGACUGAGCAUAUGCCGUGCAAAACUUAUUUUUUUAGUAGGACGCCAUGCUGAUGUUAACUGUCAGAUAAGUGUAUUUUUAAAUAACUGAGGCCAAAAUGCAUUUGGUAUGUGCGAUUAUCUGUCAUUUAUACUAUUGUAAACAAUACAUGUGCUCAUCGGAAUAAUUCAAAUUGUAGCCACAUACUGUCCAUGUUUAUGCUUCUGUUAGGACGCUGUGAGUGUCCAAAUAACCUUAUAUAUUCUCGUUGUUCAAUCAAUGAGCAAUUCAUGUAAUUUUCCAUUAUUCUAUCAAUGGUUGUUCAGUGCUGUUCCGUGUGACUCAGGUAUUCCCAUUAAAGGGCUGUAUCUGCAAUUCUUUUGUCCCCUCGAUCCUACUCUCCUACACCUUUGUCUUAAGAUAGCCUUAGAAUUUCAAAUGAGGUACAUUCUUCUAGUAUAUUUGGCCUUAAAGUACAAAAUUAUGCACUAGAAUCCACAACUUGCAAGUGCUUGAUUCCCAUGUAGACAUCUUGGAGGGAAAAAAUAAAGUACUUCGACAUUGCCAUAUCUACCUCCAAUGAAUGUACGUGUCCUGGAGAUGGAAUCACUAGAUUGUUUCGUUGUUAAAUAAAAAGACAAUCAUCAGCCCUAAACUGUCCUCGUCUCGACUUGUUUUCACAAUAAACAAAGUCCAGGACACUCAGCUUUCUGUUUCAGAAUGUCACUGAGCAUCUUUCAUUUUUAUGUCAAAGUAAGCCAUUGAAGGAGCAAAGUAACCAAAGCCUCUCCUGGCAAAGGCAGCCCUGCACAGUCCUGUGAAGUCAAACCUCCCUCACGCGUCAUUCUGAUUGUCAUUUUGAUUUUCUCUUUUACCACAUGCCAAAACUGAAUUUGCUGUCAUUCCUAUCAUGGUGAGUUAUUUUUGUUGCUGGUUUAUUUGUCCGGAUCCACUGCUAAGCUCCUUGUUGUUUUCGUUUGUUGUCAUAAAGUGCAAGGGAGCUUUUAUCGCAAUUUAACUUUUUGUUAACAAUAAUGAUUACAAACGACGUAUGCUGUAAACCCUCUUAGGAAAUAAUGUGAAUAUGUAUCACUUAAUAUAGUUGACUCUUUGGCUUGACUGUAAAUUGCAUUCACUAAUAAAAAUGUAAAGUUUCUCCAAA